AGAGGAUUUGCGUGAUCCUGCUCCUCAAGAUAAUACCACAGAACCACUUUUAUUAGUGGACAUUUCUACAGGUACAAUUGAGUUCAAUAGGCCAUUUUACAAUUGUGUACUUUAUUGCCAAGCCUUUGAUUGGAGUGAGGCUGAAGGUGACCAUGUUGUGAUAGAGACCAGCAUCUAGUUAGUAUGAUAACAAAUUAAUUUACAUUUGAAGAGCAGCUGUGAACAUCAACUUUGUUAUCAUAACAACAUCACCCUUAGCCUCACUCAUGUUCAUUGGCAACCAAGCAUACAACUGUAAAAUGGACAAUUGCAUGAUGACAUUUUUUCAUUUCAAUUUCAUUCUUUACAUAUCUUAGUAUUCCUACAUGCAAUAACCUUCCAGCAAAUUAACCAAAAGGUUAAACAAUUUUAUGAAAUGUUCUAAACAAUAAUUAAAAAAUCCCUGCAUUUCGUUUUUUGCUUACUUAUGAUUUUCUUAAAAUAAUAGAUAGUUAAAAAUAAUAUUAUUCAUCAACAAUUAUCUUUUUAGAUAACAACAUAUCAGUUAGAAAUGAGGUGUCUUCUCAUGCCAGUGAUGCUCAAGGCGAGGAUGACAUGACUGUAGAAAAUAUUCCUGCAGGUGAUAAUAAUUAGUCAUGAUUGCAAAAACCUCACUCCAAGGUCGUAAACCUUAAUACGAGGUGAUGAAAAUAGUACAUACAUGUAUUGCAAUGAUAACAUGAUAAAAACCCACAUAACUCAAAUGGAAGACAACUUUGACUCUGCAAGAAAAGGAAAAAGUCAACAGGUGAGAUUUUAACACUCAAAAAUUGGUCAAAAAAUCCUUCAUUCAUGCAAUAUCAUUAAACAUCAGCAGACAGGUGGUUAGAAUGAAGCAAAAUGUCAAAUGUCAAUGUUGAUCCAUUACCAAUUUCUCCAGACUCAAUCUAUGAGAAUUGUAUGGCAGACAGUAAGGAGAAUUACUUAUGAGAUAUUGGGAGUGAAAAGGUUACCUGAAACUGGAACAAAAAAUUUACAUCCAGUUUUUAAUGUCAAGAGAUUAGUUGCCCAGUAGUUCUGGGAAAGCAGUUGAUUCUGUUCUCCAAUUUGUUUAGAGUGCUUUUUCAUUAUGAUUUCAGAAAGCCAAUCUGAAAAUGUUGUAUUUUAGAUAACAGCUUCACCCUCACCCACGUACAUUUUAAGCUGUCUCUCAAUUUGACAACAAGCCCACAUCUCAAUCAUUUAACCCCCUAACUCCCCCAAACCCCAGGAGUGACCAAGACAGCAUCUCUCCUUACAAUCAAUAUCUGUACAAUGUUGAGAAGACAAGUGAUGAGAAUUAAGAAAAAUAUUGGUCAGGCGAUAUUUAGAUGAUCCAAUACCAAAUUCUCCUAGCUAACAUAAGGUGAAUUAAUUAUGAGAUCUGGGAGUGAAAGGAUUAAGAUCUGAAUCCUUGUGAUAUAGACUGGAUUUAUUCAUAAAAUCCUCUUAAGAUUUUAAUUUUUGUGAUUGUAACUUUAAGUUUGUUUUGCAAUUAAUUUUAGCUCUCCUGUUUAUAUUUUUGCAUAAGUCCACAUGCAUGCAGUGCUUGGUCAAUAAUUGCAAUUAACUCAGAACAUACCGUUUUCAGGUAAUGCAGCAGAAAUUAUUCCACUGAAUGAUAUUGGUGAAAGUGAUGGUUCAUCAGAAGCCACAACUAGUAGCUCGUCAACACAAGGUAUCUCAAACUUUGAAUUCAACAUAGGAUAGGGUAGCAUUAUCUCACAAAAAGAGAAAAAUAAUUACAAUAAGGAUUGAUAAAAAGCAAUUCCAAAACGUUUUGUAAUUUUUUUUUCCUUACCUCAAGUUCUGGGGAUUGAAAGGGGGUAAGUUUCUUAUGAAAUCUGUCAUUUAUGAAAUGGAAAUAUGCUAAUGAUUUGCAAAAUAGAAAUCUGUAAUUUGCUAUUUCUAUUUUGCAAAUCAUUAGCAAAUUUCCAUUUCAAAAAUUUCAGAUUUUCAUUUUGUUUCAUUUCAUGUUGCAACUUACAAGUAAGCCCAUUGUAUGACCAAAAUUUGUAGCUUUACCAAUUAAUGCAGUUCAAAUAUUGACUUCUUUAACUUUAAGAUCUGAUUCAUUUAAUUCUCCCUUCUAUAGCUGCAUCUGUUUAUUCUGGCCCUUUACAAAUCAGUAAUCCAGGAGUAUUUCCUGACAAAUGCCCUUUAGCUGUCAACAAAGUUUGAAUUCUCUUUACCUGGUGGCUGGUUCAAAUAUCAAAAUUGUGUGGAGAACAUGUUAAUCGCACUAGAGAAUUUAAGAGAAAGAGACUUCAAGUUUUUAUGUUUUUUUUAAUUUUUGUACUAUAGGAUUUGUGUUAGCAUGAUAACAAAGUAAUUAAUUUACACCUGAAUAGCAGCAACGAUAACUUUGUAUCAUAAAAACGUCACCCUUAGCCUCCCCAUGUUCGAAGGCUUGGCAACCAAGCAUGCACUGUAAAAUGGGCUAGUGCAUCAUGACAUUUUUUCUUUUCAAUUUUUUUCUUUAUAUACCCUAGUAUCCCUACAUGCAAUUACCUUCCAGCAAAUUAACCAAAAGGUUAAAAAUUUUAUGAAAUGUUCUACACAAUAAUUAAAAAAGCCCUGCAUUUCAUGUUUUGCUUACUAAUGAUUUUCUUAAAAUAAUAGAUAAGUAAAAAUAAUAUCCAUCAACAAUUAUCUUUUUAGAUAACAACAUAUCAAGAAAUAAGGCUUCUUCUCAUGCCAGUGAUGCUCAAGGGGAGGAUGACUUGAAUGUAGAAAAUAUUCCUGCAGGUGCUUAUAAUUAGUUGUCAAUAGUAGAAACCUCACUCCGAGGUUGUAAAUCUUAACAUGAGGUGAUGAAAACAGUACAUACCGGUACAUGUAUUGCAAUGAUAACAUGAUAAAAAUCCACAUAACUCAAAUGGAAGAUGACUUUGACCAACCAUUUAUCCCUAUAUCAACACAUUAAAUAAAUACAGUUAAAAUUCUGGCACCUGUAAUUCAUAAAAACAGCAUAAUUUAAGUGAUUUGACACAAAGGUCCCCAAAUCUGGAAACUUGUUAAUGUGAGAUGUGCACACCUCAAAAUUGUGAAUUGAACAUGUCCCAAAUAAUUUGAAAUAUUUAUUACCUUCCUUUUCUUUCUGUCAUGUAGACAUUCUUGUCUCUGGUAUGGAAAUGUUAUGUGAUGAGAAUGGCACCUUGUUCAAGUAUGUUCAAACACAACUUGAUGCCAGCGAGACCUGCACCCGCAAAACAUGGCGCAGUGUUGGAAGAGAGUUGAAGGUUCAUUCUGAUACUUUAAACUUGAUACCACCUGAUGGAUGUCCUACCGAACAUUUACUUGGAUAUUUAAAAACUUUACCAAAGGAGCCUACAAUGAGGGAAUUUGUUCAAGCCCUCAAAAAUUGUGGAAGAAAUGACAUUGCAAAAUACAUCUGCAAUGGACCAUGGGCCUCAACAAAACAUUGAGGGGGGAAGGAAAGAAUACAUGAUAUUUAUCUCAAAUAGUAUUUUGAAUAAUGUAUUGAAAUUGUCUUGAAAUUGAGGAAUAAUUUGCCUCUCAAAUUUUAGUUCUCAUACUUUGAUAAGAGGACAAAAUGACAACCUUUACAGCACAGAUUUAAAAAUUAUCUUGCUACCCCCAAGAGAGUAAAAUAACAACAUUUAAAGUUUCUGAGAUAAUCUACCAAAGAUAAAAUUUGACCAAAGUCAAUGUGCAUGUUCUAUUUCAUAGGAAGGACCUAUAAAGGCUCAUAGGACAAUCGGAAGCAUACUCAUUUGGAGUUCCUUCUCAAAAAUCCUCCAAGGGAUGUAAAACUCCAGUAGAGCAAAAAAAAAAAAUAACAAACAACAAACAGAAAAAACCCACAUUCGAUGCAUGCAUUCUGUGCCCCGAAGAAUAAUAUUUGGGAUAAAAUGUUGCUGUUUCUAUGCAGGAAGUUAUUGUGUACACUUUGUGAAGCAGUUUAGCUUCAUACAGUAGUAUGUAGUUGCUUAAUAUAGCUAUGCUACAACAUAUGACUGAGUAGAGGUACAGUGGCCUCAUGGUUAGUGCACUCGACUCCUGAUCAAGUGGUCCAGGUUUGAGCCCUGGCCGGGGUCAGUGUGUUGUGUUCUUAGGCAAGACACUUUACUCUCACAGUGCUUCUCUUCACCCAGGUGUACAAAUGGGUAUCAGCCAAUAUUCUGGGGGUAACCCUGCGAUGGACUAGCAACCCAUCCAGGGGGGAGUAGCAAUACUCCUAGCCACUUCAUGCUGAAGGAAACCAGAUUUAAACGCUGGCCCCAUGGGUCACUUGGGCCAGUAUAAAGGCUUACUUUACAACAUAUGACUGAGUAUAACUAUAUUUAACAAGAUGCUAAGUAGGGUAGAUUAAAAAGCAUCUUUAUGAGACAGAUUGUAAAAUUUGCAAUUUUUACACAGCCUCCAUUAAGGAUAGAGUAAUGGCAGCAAAUUCAGUGUUCAUAUUGGUUUACAAAAUAUUUAACAGUUGCUGUGUUAACAACAGAAAAGAGAUCAUGACGUGGCAUGGUUUACUAAAUUGGUCAGGGCAGACUGGAGCUGUAUGACCAAUUCAAGUUAAUCAUAUAUUUAAAGAAAACAAUAUAUGUAUCUCAAAUAGUAUUUUUGAAUGAUAUAUUAAUUAUGUUCAGCCAUGAACCUUUCUCCCUCGAGAUGUUUUGAUGUCUCGUUCUGUAUUUGGGUUUCCUGCAAGCUAGGAAGAUAUUUCUUGUGAACGGGAGGCACAGUAGUUUAUUAAGCUCUUCAUUAAGAUGACUUAUAUGUAAACUACUGGUAUUUUGUUAUGAAAAAAUGGUAUGGUAUAGAUAAUUUAAUUGAUACAUAACUAUUGGCUUAAUAUUAAGAAUUACUUAUUACAGACAUGUUCAGGGUAACCUUAGGCAUCAAACAGCUAUCUUUUAGAAUGAGAGAUGGUUAUUAAUAAAAAUUUCUGAUCUCCAUUUUUAACUUAAUCCUUUAACUCCCAGACCAAAUUUAUAAUUCUCCUUACUGUCAACCAUACAAUUCUUAUAAUGUUACUUCAGAGAAUUUGGUAUUGGAUCAACUAAUUAUUCCCAAAUUUAUAUUUUCUUUAUCCUCGUCAUUUAUCUGGUUGAUAGUGUAUUGAUUAAAGUCUCUCUUUGUCACUUGCAGGAAUUAAAGGGUUAUAAUGUACUUUAUUGGGGAUUUGUAUCAUGCAAUCGUAUUUGUUUAAUUAUUUAACUGCUGAAUUGGAUAUCACUCUUAAAUUUAAUGUUAAGGUAUUAAAUUAUAAUUUAGAGCUGUACAAAAAUUAUUUUAUGAUAGGAACUAUUCAACAUUCAAUAAAGAAAUGAUGUCCAAAGUU